UGGUGGCAACAACUUUUUAGCUCCGAGCUGAGAGAAGCGAAGAAGAGAGACAUGGAUAGAAUAGAUGUGCCCCCCACGGGCCCCAUGGACCUUUCAAUGUCCCUGCUGGAGAUGGGAUGCUCUGGCAGGUUUGAGCUCAUCACACAUCCCCUCUCUGGACAACCUUUAGCUCCACAGAGCACGCUCCCUCACGGGCUUCCCCCCUUCAGCCUGAAGCUGGAGACAGAAGUGGAGAGACAGUUUUUACAGGACCCCGCCUGGCUUCCCAUACAUGACACAGACUUUGCCUUUCAGAAGUUUCUCAAAGUGACUAAGAGAGACAUUAAAGUCGACUCCCUGCUUAAAUGUGCUCCGUCUCCACUCCACUCUGAACUCUCCGUCGUCAGAGAUCCGACCACCGGCAUGCUACUGGACUUCACAGAGGUGCUAUUGGAGAACACCGGUCUCUCUGCAAAGAACUCGCUGUCAUUACAACGACAACCCGGACCUCCUUCAGAGAGCCUUCGAGGAAGCAACACUAACUACCCCUUCCAGCCAGGAGGUAUGGAGGAACUCACUCUGGACCAAAUCAAGAAGAAAUCUGACCUGGAGAAGGACAUAGAUUUUGAAAACGAUUUACUCAGAGUUCCCCCUGGACUUAAAGCAGGGAUGGACUUCACUGACAAAGAUGCCAAGACGGCAAAAGCAGAGGUCAACCUCAUGUCGCUCCUGUCCACGUUUGAUGACAUUCCCGACCUGCAACCUGAGGCAGAGGCGAAGGAGGAAGGUCAAGGAAGCGAGGCAGCUCCUAAACUUCCCCGAACAAACAGCCUUGAAGACCUCGGCAUCAAGGAUGCUGCUGUGUCAUCCUCCUCUCCUCCAGAGAAAGGAAAAGAUGAGAAAUCAAAGCCAGACGAGAAGCCAGCGGAGAAUAAGAAAUGGGCUAUACCUGUUGACAUAACUUCACCCUGCGAUGAUUUCUAUAAACGUAUCCCCAACCCUGCUUUCAAGUGGCCGUUUGAGCUGGAUGUCUUCCAGAAACAGGCUGUGCUGAGGCUGGAGGCUCAUGACUCCGUGUUUGUAGCUGCACACACAUCAGCUGGCAAAACAGUGGUGGCCGAAUACGCCAUCGCCCUCUCACAGAAGCACAUGACGAGGACCAUCUACACCUCCCCCAUCAAGGCCUUGUCCAAUCAGAAAUUCAGAGACUUCAAGAACACUUUUGGAGACGUUGGACUCUUGACAGGCGAUGUCCAGAUCAGUCCUGAAUCUUCAUGUCUCAUCAUGACUACUGAGAUCCUCAGGUCUAUGCUUUACAACGGCUCGGAGGUCAUCAGAGACUUGGAGUGGGUGAUCUUCGACGAGGUUCACUACAUUAACGAUGCCGAGAGAGGCGUUGUGUGGGAGGAGGUUUUGAUUAUGCUUCCCGAUCAUGUCAGCAUCAUUCUCCUGAGCGCCACAGUGCCAAACGCCCUGGAGUUUAGUGAGUGGAUCGGUCGCAUUAAGAAGAGACAUAUUUACGUGAUCAGCACACUGAAGAGACCCGUGCCUCUCGAGCAUCAUCUGUACACUGGAAACAGCACUAAGACUCAGAAAGAAAUGUUCCUUCUGGUGGAUCCUGUGGGCAAUUUCCUCACUAAAGGGUACUACGCAGCAGUCGAUGCCAAGAAGGAACGCACCAGUAAACACGCCCAGUCUUUUGGCACGAAAAGCACUUCUCACAACACCACAGCAAGUCAGGACCGAGCGGUGUGGCUCACACUCCUCCACUUCCUGUCCCAACGGCAGCAGACCCCCGUGGUGGCGUUCACCUUCUCUCGGACGCGCUGCGACGACAACGCCCGCUCGCUGGACUCCAUGGACAUGACCACAUCCAUAGAGAAGGCGGAGAUCCACUCGUUCUUCCAGAAGAGCUUGAGUCGGCUGCGAGGAGGAGACAGACAGCUGCCACAGAUCCUGCUCAUGAGGGACUUGCUGAAGAGAGGAAUAGGGGUCCAUCACAGCGGGAUCCUGCCGAUCCUGAAGGAGGUCAUUGAGAUGCUUUUUUCACGAGGUCUCGUAAAGGUGCUUUUUGCCACUGAGACAUUUGCGAUGGGAGUGAACAUGCCCGCGAGGACCGUGGUGUUCGACAGCAUCAGGAAACAUGACGGGACCGGCUUUAGAAAUCUGCUGCCCGGUGAGUAUAUUCAGAUGGCGGGAAGGGCAGGCAGGAGAGGGCUGGACGCUACGGGCACCGUCAUCAUCCUCUGUAAAGCCGGCGUACACGACAUGUCGGAUCUGCACGUCAUGAUGCUGGGUAAACCCACCAUCCUCCAGUCCCAGUUCAGACUGACCUACACCAUGAUCCUCAACCUGCUGCGUGUGGAGGCCCUCCGAGUGACCGACAUGAUGAGGAGGAGCUUCUCCGAGAGCCACAGAGACACUCAGGCCCAGGAGAAACGGAUCAGCCAUUUGAAGCAGGCGUUGUCCUCUCUACCUCCUCUGGACACUGACGGCCAGCUGUCCGACCUGAUGUCUUACUACCACACCGUGACGGAGCUACGAACCACCACAGAAGCCCUGCAGCGUGCUAUUCUGGAGUCUGUCAGUGGACUGAAAGCUCUGUCUGUGGGCCGAGUCGUGGUCGUCAACAAUAAGCAACAUCUCAACGCUCUGGGAGUUAUCCUACAGGUGUCCAACGACGCUGUGAAUCGCACCUUCACAGCUCUCAUCAUCUGCGAGAAAGGCAACGAGGAAGGGGAAGGAAAAGGCAACGACAUCACUGCUUUCCCUCACCUCUUCAACACAGCGCUCUUUAUACCUGAAGGUCCUUGCAGCCACACGGUGCAAAAACUGAAGCUUCAGGACAUCACCGCCAUCACAGUGAAAACACUCAAGGUGAUUCCCGACAGGAUCAUCGACAACUACAACAAGAGGCAGCAGCCACGAUUCAGGCAUGACCCUCCCGGCCAGGCCAUCUCCACGGCGACCCAGGAGCUCCUGCGUUUGGCCGAGGCCAACCCCAGCGGGAUCGCGAGCCUCGACCCCGUGAACGAUCUCCAGCUGAAGAGCGUUGACGUGGUCGAGGACUCCAUGCGGCUCCGCGUGCUGCGAGACAGCCUCCGAGAAUUCAACUGCAUCCAUUCGCCGACGUUUGCAGAGCAGUUUGCACGAGUCAAGGAGAGGAUGAGUGUGCAGGAGGAGCUGGACAAGCUGCUCUUCCUGGUGUCCGACCAGUCUCUGUCUCUGCUGCCUGAAUAUCACCAGAGGAUCAAGGUGCUUCAGUCCCUCCAGUACGUCGACAGCAGCGGGGCGGUGCAGCUGAAAGGCCGGGUGGCGUGUCAGAUCAGCAGUCACGAGCUGCUGCUGACGGAGCUGCUGUUCGAGAACGUCCUGAGCCCGCUGGCACCUGAGGAGAGCGCCGCCCUGCUGUCCUGCGUGGUGUUCACCCAGAACACGCAGGUGGAGCCGCACAUCACCAACACGCUGCAGGAGGGCAUCGAUCGCGUGCUGUCAGUGGCCAAGCGUAUCGGAGAGCUGCAGAGGGAGUGUGAGAUACCACAGACAGCUGAGGAGUUUGUAGGCCAGUUCAAGUUUGGCCUGACAGAGGUGGUUUACUGCUGGGCCAGAGGCAUGCCGUUCGCAGAGAUCGCCCAGCUGACAGACGUCCAGGAGGGCACGGUGGUCCGCUGCAUCCAGCGUCUGGACGAGGUGCUGAAGGAGGUACGUCAGGCCGCCCGCAUCGUGGGAGACUCCGUCCUGGGGAGCAAGAUGGAGAAGGCCUCCCUGGCCAUCCGCAGGGACAUCGUCUUCACCGCUUCCCUCUACACCCACUGAGAGAGACGGGCAAAGAAAGAAAGAGAGGGAUGGAGGGAGGCGCUGGUGAAUGUGAGAGAACGUGCCGAGGUGCCUGCAGCCAAGUGUGUCUUUGUGUGAAAGGUGUGAGAGUGGAGGAGACGUAUGGAGACAAAGUCCUGUAUGUGCCUACAAUACAUGUUGAUGAUGUUUACAAGAGAUAUUCCUGACCGUGAAAAAAAAAAGGAGAAAGGGAAUCAUUUUUAAACACCAGACCAAAGUACAAGACUGUAGGAAUGAAAUCUGGAUUGUAAUUUAUUGUACAGGAUUAAAAAUGUAUCCAAAAAAAACAA